GGGAGAGGGCCCGGCCGAGGGGCGGCGGGCACCGCGGGAGCUCCGCGCGGCUGCAGCGCAGGCGGGAGCGGGGACGCGAUGUCGCCGCCGCCGCCUCCUUGCGGGCCGGGGCUGCGCCUCCGGGGCUGAGCCGCCGCCAGAGCCGACAGCAGAGCAGCCGCCGGGCGCUCCCGCGGCGCAGGAGGAUGGGCUGCGGCGGGAGCCGGGCGGAUGCCAUCGAGCCCCGCUACUACGAGAGCUGGACCCGGGAGACAGAAUCCACCUGGCUCACCUACACCGACUCAGACGCGCCGCCCAGCGCCGCCGCCCCGGACAGCGGCCCCGAAGCGGGCGGCCUGCACUCGGUUCUGGAGGCUGAGAAGUCCAAGAUCAAGGCACCAACAGAUUCAGUGUCUGAUGAAGGCUUGCUCUCUUCUUCAAAGAUGGCACCUCUUGCUGUGUUCUCACAUGGCGUGCUGGAAGAUGGACUGCCCUCCAAUGGUGUGCCCCGAUCUACAGCCCCAGGUGGAAUACCCAACCCAGAGAAGAAGACGAACUGUGAGACCCAGGGCCCAAAUCCCCAGAGCCUCAGCUCAGGCCCUCUGACCCAGAAACAGAACGGCCUUCAGACCACAGAGGCUAAAAGAGAUGCUAAGAGAAUGUCUGCAAAAGAAGUCACCAUUAAUGUAACAGAUAGCAUCCAACAGAUGGACAGAAGUCGAAGAAUCACAAAGAACUGUGUCAACUAGCAGAGAGACCAAGCAGAAGGGCAGACGGACUUCUUCAGUGUCCUUCACGGCACUGGAUCCCAUCAAAGAACCUUGAAGAAGUGGCUACCCCUUGCUGGACCUGAAUGCUACUCAGUCCCUGGCAAGACUGUCUUACCUGGCAGCAAACUGCUGCCUGAUUUGUUGGGACCUUCUGAGCCUUCUACUUAUCAUGUAAAUGUAUUGGCACAGUGCUUACAUAUGUUAAUAAACUGCAAAUGUGCAGUUCAGUUUGUCUCUUUGCAACUCCUGUAAUACAGUCUGGUGUAAAAGUAGUGAGUUAAAGCUACAGGUCAGUUUAUGAAACAGAAAAGUAGGAUUGCAUUUUCAGGGUGAAAGAGUCACACCUUAGUGCUAAACUCUCCUGCCUAUGAUAGUGUGUUCUGUUUCAGGCAAGCUUAUUCUUUCCUUCUUUCAUUUUAAAUAUUAUCAUUACAAAUCUUACCAGGUUCACUUGAAAGCUGGCUUUCAUCCAACUCUAAACCCACAUAUUGAAAAAAUCAAAGUACAGGAAAACUCCUUAUUAUCCUUGUUUCCUUAGCUUGGUAUGAGACAGAUCAGAUCCAGUUUCCCAUGCACCAACCCACUGCCCAUGGCAUGUCUUUGGGAGGUGUCUGUGAAGCAGUCAUACCUGCUCCUCAUCUGCCUGGAAAGUCCUCCUAUUCUGGUGUCCAUGUUGGCCUCCAGUCCUUAAUGUCACCAUGCUUGUGGCCAAUGCAUCCAAAUAAGGAUACCCCUCAGGGCUCAGCUAGACAUUGCAAUUUUGCAUAGCUUUCCAGUUCCCUUUGCUUGUCUUCUUGACUGUCUUCCCUCUCUAUCGGGGUCACUUGCAAUUGUUAAUCAAAGAUUGAGCACUGCGUAGGAGAGGGAGAUGAUCCAGAGAUAUGUGGCAGCAGGCAUGGCUUCCCCUUGGCCUCUCUGUACACUGCCCCAGGACUGUCAUUUUGGCAUCUGCAAAGGAAUCACUUUAGAAAGCCAGCACCUGGUUGAUGUGUAUUCACACUGACAUUAGAUUGAUGUGCACUGCAUUAGAAAUGAGGUAGCUGACACAGGAAAAGGAUGUUUUGAUAGGAGUAAUUUUCUAGUAUGUCUUGAAACAUGUUCAUCUGGAAGUAUUUUCCUCCAAAGUAAAGCAGUAUGAUUUUUCAAGGAUUGUUAACAUGCCUGGGAUUGGGAAAGAUAGGACUAAAGUUGUGCCAACUAUACCAAUAAAUUCCAUGUUUAGCAGAAAUAGGCAGCCUAUUGGUGUUAUGUUUAUGUAACAUAGUCCAGAGAACUGACAUGCAGGUCAAAAGUCAGAUACGCAACCUCCUUAUCUGCUAACUCUGUUAUUCUUCAAACACAAGUGGGUAGUGUCAUUUUUCCUUCCUUCCUUCCAUUGGCAGAUUGUAUAUUUAUUCAUUAAACAUUAAAUGUCCAUCCUGUGCCAGGUACUAUGCAGAUGUUGAGGGAUUUGGCAUCUGGUUAGUCAUGACUAUCUAUCCUGAAUCUAACAGUGACUUCAUAACUAGGAGACUGAAUUAGACCCUUAAGGUAUAGUGUGUGUUGCAAAUCACUCUGCAGUGGAAUCUUUUAUAUUCAGGGUAGGUUUGUGUCUUAAACUAGAUGUUCUAAUCACUGUACAAGACUUUACCAUACACAAAACUAUAGUUUUUCUAAACCUUCAUCAUUUUGUGAUUCUUUGAGAAAGGGCUUUUAGGAACUUUAUGUUCUAAAAAAUGUUUUUAAUAAUAAUAAAAUAAAAUAAAAACCUGUGAUUCAUAUGUCCCCACUGGCAUUACUCAGCAGGAGCCCCCAGCUGCCAAAGGUUGGCAGUGAUCCUGCGAGUUCAAGGGCUCUUUCUCCCUGGGGAUGUGCUUUGUGGCUUCUCUUUACAGCUUUGUUUCUGCAUCAGUUCACUGCUGCAUGUUGUUUGGAAUUUAUCACCUUAGGAAAGUGUCUCUGUUUUAUAUAGAAACACUUUCUCACUUACAGGGGAGAAGGAAAUGCAGGGCAUAUGAUCUGGCCCUCCCCAGAACGAUCUGGAUUUCACGGAGACAGCAACCAGAAGUUAAACCAUGUGACUAAAAAUGCAUCUGGCUACUUUUUCAUGUGUGUAUGAGACAGAAACUAAUCCUUACUAUCCUAUUAGGAUAACACUUUUCAUUGCAAAGUUUGUGGCAAUAAAGUCAUUAAUUUUAAACAUA